AUGGCAAACGUUCUAUUCGAUACGAAACAGGAAGAGGAGAUUGAGUAUCACACGGACAGUGGUAGUUUGAAUAUUUCCCUAUAUUCCCAUCAACCGGAUACAUCACUUGGAUAUGGAGACACAACAACUGGAAGCAACUUGUACACUGUGUUGAAGAAGUUUCUUAAUAAUGGGAAGGUUUCAAUAUGUGGAGCCCAAGUGUAUAUUGCAGUAAAACGGUAUCCCGAUGAGUCUGAUGUAUCUGAUAUCAUUUUCCAACUACGAGCCAGUCAUGUGAUGGUGUACAUUGCUGUCGACAGUAUUCCAUCGGGCGGUUCCAAUUCUGCGACACUUUACGAAAUGGCAUUUUUAACAAAUGGAUACUGUGCUUUUGCCACCGGCAGUGCUCUUUCGAAUGCUUUUUUAUGGAUUACUUAUGGAAUUGCCUGGCCUUACCAAUUCAUUGCUCAAAACUUUGUGGUUUCUGGAUCGGGUCGAAUCGAAAUACCGGCGUUCAAAACUCCAACUCCAGUGGGUUAUAAUGAUUAUUUGCGAUUUGCAAUAACUCUUCAAAACCACACAGUCGACAAUUCAUUCGUAUCAAUGAAUCACACAAUUGAGAGUACUGAUGGAUUUGUUGCUUAUAAAUUUCCGAGUCGCGACGCCCAACCUCUUUGUGGAACUGCACAAUCGGAUUGGUUUCCUGUGAACGGACCCCUCUCUUACAAAUGGACAAUUGACUACCAUUACAAUACAGAUGCACCACAAAUCAUUGAAUGCAGAAUGUACAGUAAAUACUAUCACGACUUCGUACCACUGCCAGAUUUCAAGUGA